AUGUCUGGAGAUUCGACUGUGAUGGUAAGGGGUGUGCCGAUUGCAUUAACCGUAAAGACUUUUGAGGAAGCCGCUGAAACUGUUAAAAAAUUGGCUAAAGAACCCUCACAAGAUGAACUCCUUGCACUCUACAGCCUUUAUAAACAAGCCACCGUGGGCGACACGAAUACAAGUAAGUCAAUUCCCUGGUUUCUGCUCACCGCCUGUUAAAGGUCAGCCGGGCAUUCUGGACUUUAAAGGACGCUCAAAGUGGAAUGCUUGGAACGCCCGGAAAGGCAUGGAUAAAGAAGCUGCCAAAUUGGAGUAUAUUGAAGUUGCCAAAAAUGUGAUCACAAAGUAUGGACUUUCGUCCUGA